AUGUCAAAUAAAUCAUUGGAUCUCGACGAGAUAUCUCGUUUGCAACCCCCGAAGCUGUCGCAGUCAGUCCAUCGUGAGGAGUGCACGCAAUGUUUCGAUAAUCAGGACCACCCACUUGGGAUCGACGUCUGUCUGACGUGCUUUAACGGUGGAUGUCUCGGGAAUGAGAGGCACCAUGCCCGGACGCACUUCGAGAAGACCGGCCACCCAUUCACGCUGAACGUGAAGCGCAAAUUAAAGCCGUCUGCGAGCCGUCCAGAGGACGAGGAGCCGCCUGCGAAAAUGAAGAAGCUGGCUAUUGUCGAAGAUCGGGAAGUGGACAAGUACGACUGGAUUACUACGGUGAAGAGCUGGAAAUCCGAUCCUGAGAAUGGACUGGAGCUGCCCGAGGCGUCUUUGAGACCAGAGGUGAAAGCUUUGAUAGACACUGUCAUGACUUCGUUAUCCUCUGCUCGUCAAUCCGAAGUGAAGGCCUGGGAGGAAGAAAUAGAAGCUUGUGAACACACUGUACUGCUGGAGCAGCACGACACCGGUGCUACUCCUGCGUCAGGCCUUGCGCAUUGCGCUAAAUGCGAUCUUAAGGAGAACCUGUGGCUUUGCCUGACAUGCGGUAGCCUAGGCUGUGGACGUCAACAAUAUGGCGGCCUCGGAGGGAACGGUCACGGCCUGCAACAUUAUCAAGAGACAAAGCACCCCGUCAGUGUGAAGCUGGGAACUAUCACUCCUGAAGGCAAUGCAGAUAUCUACUGCUAUGAAUGCAACGACGCGAAGUUGGACCCCGAUCUGGCUCGUCACUUGCGGAAUUUCGGCAUCAAUGUGGAGACGCAGACAAAGACAGAGAAGUCUAUGACUGAGCUGCAAAUCGAACACAAUCUCAAGUUCGACUUCUCCCUGACCGACGAAUCUGGCAAGGCCCUUGAGCCCGUUUUCGGACCUGGUCUUACGGGUCUCUCUAACCUUGGUAACUCGUGCUACAUGGCGUCUGUCGUACAGACGAUAUUCUCUCUUGAUCCGUUCCGCCAGCGUUACUAUCCUACGGCUGCGCAACACUGGGCAACAUGCACAGAGCCUCUUCCUGCCAACUGCGUCGAAUGCCAAAUGCACAAGCUCGCCGACGGUUUACUCUCCGGUCGCUACUCCCAUCCUCGUCCAACAAACCCGGUCAGUCCGAGUCCUUCAGACCCAAAGGCCACCAACCCUCUCGCACACGACACUCCUACGCCAGUAUUUCAAGAAGGGGUGCGGCCGAGUGGCUUCAAGGCACUCAUUGGGAAGGAUCACGCCGAAUUCUCCACUAUGCGUCAGCAGGACUCUGAGGAGUUCUUUGAGCACUUGCUGACAGUUCUUCGUCGGAAUGCCAAGCGUGCCGGCCGAUCGGAAGAGGAUGAGCCCACGCAGGUAUUUGCUUUCGGGAUGGAGCAAAGACUGCAAUGUGGUGACUGCAAGAAAGUAAGGUAUCGAGUCGAUGAAGUAGAUACUAUUAGCGUCCCAGUGCUGGCGACGGAGGUAGGAAAGGAUGAAGAGGGAAGGACACUUUGGAAGGACGUUGAGUUGAUGGAAUGUCUCAAUGCCGUUGUUGCGCCGGAGGCUCUGGAAUACACAUGCCCAGCGUGCCAGAAGAAAGUAUUAGCGACGAAGCAGUCAAAGUUCGCUACUUUUCCACAAGUGCUCGUAGUCCAUGCCCGGAAAUUUCAGCUUGUCAACUGGGUUCCUACCAAGCUCGAUGUCCCUGUUAAUCUACCCCCAACAGACAUCCUGGAGCUGGACCAUUGUCUCGGGCGUGGACUUCAACCUGGCGAGGAGGAAUUGCCAGAGGAUAACACAAGUGCAUCGAGUGCGCCGCAAUUUAACGAAGUCGCUAUGGCCCAGUUAGAGGCCAUGGGUUUCCCAACUAUUCGCUGCCAAAAGGCUUUGCUGGCCACAGGAAACAGCGAUCCCGAAGCAGCUAUGGAGUGGCUAUUCGCCCAUAUGGAAGACCCCGACAUUGAUGCUCCUAUCCAGACUGCAGGUUCUAGUGCCGGGCCGGAGCCUUCAUCUGAGCAAAUUGGCAUGCUGUGCGAUAUGGGCUUCACACAACCACAGGCUCGGAAGGCUUUGCGAGAGACAGGUGGGGACGCGGAACGAGCCGUGGAAUGGCUAUUCUCCCAUCCUGAUGAUAUGGGUGAAGAUGCUCCGUCAUCCUCGGCCCCUUCUGGCCCAUCACCAGCAGCCAAAAGGAUCCCAGGCACUUCGCAACUUCCGGCCAGGUUCAGACUGAACGCGUUUAUUUCGCACAAGGGCCCUUCCGUCCAUUCGGGCCAUUAUGUCGCUCACAUUCGCUAUCCUGCGCACGGUUCCGGAGUUGCUGCCAAUGACGAUGAUCCGGACGAAGGCUGGGUGCUGUUCAAUGACGAGAAAGUGGUAAAGGCUGACCGAGAUAGCGUGAGGCAACUCAAGAAACUGGCAUAUCUGUACGUCUUUGAGAAAUUGUAGCACUAGGCUGUAGCAUAGCAUAUCACCAACCUCCCCUACGAAUGCAUCGUGG